AUCGACUCGUCGUGAAUUCAGUCUUCAGUUCUUCUGAUUUGUUUCCUCUCAUUCAACAUUCCAAGUUCGUCAGGAAAUGGGGAAGUCGUACCCGAAAGUGAGCGAGGAAUACCAAAAGGCCGUAGAGAAAUGCAAGAGGAAGCUUCGAGGCCUCAUCGCUGAGAAGCACUGUGCUCCUAUCAUUCUCCGACUCGCAUGGCAAUCAGCUGGCACUUUCGACGUGAAGACGAAGACUGGAGGGCCGUUUGGGACCAUCAGGCACCCGGCGGAGCUCGGUCACGUUGCAAACAAUGGCCUCGACAUCGCGGUCAGGCUGUUGGAGCCCAUCAAAGAGCAGUUUCCAAUCCUUUCCUAUGCAGACUUUUACCAAUUGGCUGGAGUUGUUGCUGUUGAAGUCACUGGAGGCCCUGAGAUACCUUUUCACCCAGGAAGACCCGAUAAACAAGAAUUACCACCAGAAGGUCGCUUGCCCAAUGCCACAAAAGGUUCGGAUCAUUUGAGAGAUGUUUUUGGCCAUAUGGGUCUCAGUGACAAAGAUAUCGUUGCCUUAUCUGGCGGUCACACCUUAGGUAGGUGUCACAAAGACCGCUCUGGAUUUGAAGGACCGUGGACAACCAAUCCUCUAAUUUUUGAUAACUCUUAUUUCAAAGAGCUUCUUAGUGGAGAGAAAGAAGGUCUUAUCCAGCUUCCAUCAGAUAAAGCUCUAUUAGAGGAUCCCAUCUUCCGUCCUCUUGUUGAGAAAUAUGUUGCAAUUUGCUGGUGCUGAGUAAGGUAAUGCCUGGCAUGUGUGGCAGCCUGUGUAAUGUGUACUAAAGUUCCCGUGUUUGCCAUUUCAUGCCAAGUUUCUUGAGUUUUGUUGUUGAAUUGCAUGUUCUUGUUAUGGAAAUAAGAGUCUCAUAACUCUCAGAAAGUUUAUUUGUUUCCAUUUAUUUGUAUGACUAAUGUAAUGUGUAAUUGAUAAUAUUAUGGGGUCAUGUAUGUAUGUGGGUUUCAAUGUAUGAGAUGAGC